AUGUUACUACUUUCCUUGUGUUUAAUUCCACUGAUCUAUACUUCUAUUCUGGUAUCAGGAUGGAAUAAUUAUUGGGCUGAAGGUUUCCAGGUGCCAUUCCUAUCAUCAAUUCAAGCUCCGUUACGACAAUGGACCUCACCACCCAAAGACUCUGGAGGCGAUGCAGCCAUUAGUCAGAGUCGAACCCUCACUCUGCGAAGCGUGUAUCAUCGCGGAACCAAAGAAUACCCUGAGUUACAUCGACGGCUGAGAAUCAAUCCCGAGAAGACAAAGAAAGCGGCCCUCGAAGUCAGCGAUGGCGAAUCUGAAGUUGGACCUUUUACCCUUUACACAGCUCCAAUAGGCAUCCACAGACUUCGAAAGCGAAGUGUACAAGAUAUAGAAGCUUUCAAUCAAUGGCCUGCCGAUUUACCUGCAUCGGCAUGGUCUGUCGAUGAUGUGUCGGCGCCAAAUGUGACAGACAAAUCUACUGUGGUCAAUUUUGCUGUCAUGGCAGCAAACACAUAUCAGCGAACUCCAGAUGACCCUCAGUGGGAAGACGUAAAACCUCCCUUCAAUCUUUCAUCUUCCAUUGGAUGGGAAUCGGAUGGUCUGCGGGGCCAUGUUUAUGCCGACGAUACAAAUACUACAAUCGUUAUCGCGCUGAAGGGUACAACUUCAGCUGUAUUCGACGGAGCGGAAACAACUACAAAUGAUAAGGAGAAUGAUAAUCUGUUUGCGGGAUGUUGCUGUGGACAAGGCGGAUGGGGGCUACGAAAAGUAUGUGAUUGUAUGACGGCAACAUACACAUGCAAUGAAAUGUGUGUUUCUAAAGCAUUAAAGAAACCGAAUCGUUAUUAUCAAGCUGCCGUGGAACUUUAUGGAAACAUUACAGAGGAAUAUCCCAAUGCAGAUGUUUGGUUGACAGGUCAUUCUCUUGGAGGACUUGUCACUACUCUCGUUGCAUUAACUUUUGGCCAUCCUGUACUGACCUUUGAGUCGGUUCCUCAAGCAUUAGCAAUCUCUCGAUUGGCUCUUCCUACUCCACCAGGAUACAAUUCGGCCUCUGAAGCUCGUGACAAUGUAGGUAUCUGGAACUUUGGACACACCGCUGAUCCAGUAUAUAUGGGUACGUGUAAUGGGGCUACAUCACUUUGUGCUUUUGCUGGUUAUGCCCUCGAGUCGACGUGUCAUGCAGGAUUACGAUGUGUCUACGAUGUUGUUACAGAUUUUGGCUGGAGUGUAUCUCUAUCGACUCAUGGAAUCAGAGCCUCCAUCAGAAAUGUAUACAAGAAGUAUGAUGAAGCCCCGACGUGUGUUGCCGAGACCGAUUGCGUUGAUUGCUUCAAUUGGAAACGAGAAAAGGGACCUCACUCUACUUCAUCAAGUACUAUUGCAAGUACAACAUCAAAGCCAAGGACUCGUACCGAAACUUGCAAAACUCCCGGCUGGUGGGGUUGCUUAGAUGAAGGUAGUGCGAGUACAACGUUUACGUCAACGACAACGAUAACCUCGACAUCUUGUAAGAGUUAUGGAUGGUUCGGACGAUGUAUAGACCCAACUGCUACUACGUUCACCUCUAAAACCACUGUUAUCGAGGCUUCGGCAACUGUCCAAGAGGUCACUGCUACUGUUACGAGUAGCGAGGAUCUCGCUAGAGGGUCCAAGACUCAACCAGUCCAAACACACCAAAUUACUACCUCUCCAAAAGCUCCGACUUGA